CUGUUUCUGUUUUGGAAAUGUCACUUCGACAGAUCUUGAUUGCAAGAAAACUUAGUAAUCACCGGCGAAAAUUCGGGAAAAUUGUUCUAAUUACGCAAAUUCACCACAUUGUAUUCCUUUAGAAUUUUGUCUAUAUUGCGUCUAAUAAAAAGUUUUACUGCGGUUAUUAAACCUCAUCGAUGUGAGUGAGUUGCGUUUGUGUUGCAUCAGAUCUUCAUGGAAGCGACUAACAGGUGAUUAUAAUGCCUGGCCAUGGAAUUGACGAUGAAGAGAAACCUUGCAGAGCCUGCUCGGACUUCAAGACAUGGGCCAAACAACGAAAACAGAACGGCAGCGGUUCGAGUUCUACGAAAACUUUUGAGUCUCCACACAAACAGGGUUCAUCUGAAGUAUCGGCAAGCCCCCCGGAGCUAACAAAGAGAGGUGACUGCCCACUAGACAAGGAUGAACUAGGAAAAUCAACAUGGGGGUUCCUUCACUCAAUGGCAUCAUAUUUCCCAGACUACCCUACAAAGAUACAGUCCGAGAAUAUGUCGAGAUUUUUUUACAUUUUUGCACAGUUCUACCCGUGUGAACCUUGCGCUUUAGACUUUCAGGAAGAUAUAAUGAAAAACCCACCAAUGACGAAAUCCAGAGAAGAAUUAGCAAAAUGGCUGUGCGAGAGGCACAACACUGUCAAUAAGAAACUCAACAAACCAAUAUUUGACUGCAGCAAGGUCAGAGAACGGUGGAGAGAUGGGUGGCUGGACGGCUCCUGUGAUUGAACACUUAUUGAAUAUGGCACAAAACUAUGUUAACUAAUGUGUAAUUUUCGCUUGACUCGUCCUCAAUCACUUUGAAAAUCAUUAAUUAUACUAUUUACUGCAAUGUGGUUUCAGCCAUUUCUGCCGACGGAUAAGUAAUUAUUUACUGAAAGUACAAACUACCUCAUGAAAACCACAUUAUAUUCAGAUUUACUUGAAUUCUGCGUUAAAUUUUAUUUAGAGAAAAGAUUUUUGUUCUAGAGAUCAGAUACCCUAGUAAUAUUUUGAAGUACCUUACGAUACGAUUACGAUAUUUUAUUACGUAACUUACGCAUGAACAACUAUUUUCUUUCAAAGAAACAUUUUAUUUGUGAUGAAUUUAAGUUUGAUUAGUGAGACCUACUGUUUAGUUUGCAUAUAUAAGCCGAUGAUGCUUAGAGUAGUCAAUUUACAGUACAAUGCAGCAAUGUUGCAGUUUUAUGUGAGUUUAUAGUAUUUGUACAUAAUGUAUUGUGAAUAGUUGUAUUAUGUACAAUAUAGUUUUUGGGAAUUGUUAAUCUAAUAAACUCUAUUGAGUACUGA